AUGGAGUAUCUUGAAUUCGCUAACGACAUUACACCACUUAAAAUAACAGGAGUUGUGGUCAACAGUGAUGGAACUUCUAAACCAUUUGAUUUGAGAGAGCCGGAUAUUAGUAAAGUUUUGUUAAUGUCAUUGGACGAAAUGCGGGAAUACUUAUGCCAAGAAAGUUUAGUGUUAAUUGGUCGACAAAACACUAAUUUUCGAAAUGCAUUUGAAAAUAAGAUACCUCUCGCCAGAGAAUCUGAGUGUAAACUUAAAGAUAUUUUAGUUCCGACAAAUGAAGAGGCACAAGAUGGUUCAUAUUCUUUUUACCUGGAAAAAGACUUAAGAAUGCCAGGCUUUCCCGAAAUUGUAGAUAGACUUCAUAUAGACAAAGGAUUUAAAAAAACUGAAAAUGGUAACAUUGUGUCAGCAAACGAAAGCGCUUUUCGUAUCAGGAGGCCGCAUAUGAUGGAUGUUAUUAUUGAUCAGAAACUUGAACAGCAUAACGCAGGUCCUGGGAGAAAAUUGCUUAUCCUAAAAAAAGGCUCUAUUAGAUUGUUGCAGGAAGAUUUGGAGCCUACUAAAGAAUAUAUCGAUGCAGUUAGAAAUGCAUUAAAUCAUUCUGAAAAUAAUCAAGAACAAAGAGAAGCCCUAGUUAGGGUAGGGGAAGAAUUCGGAUUUUUCUGGUCAAAAGAAGUUGAACUUGGAGGCAAACUUUACGUGAAUGAUGGACAAGCCAAUAACAUUGAUGGGUUGGAAAUUUUGAGGCUUUUUAAAAAUUGGAAAAUUAUUGAACACAACGAGUUAUUGUCAUUAUAUAAUUUAUUACCACAAGAACUUAUUUUAAGGAUAAAAAAGGUCAUAGGAAUGAAAUUAUUACAUCAUGAAAUCUUGUCCAUUCAAAUACCAAGAAACCGUGACAGCAUAACUAAAAAGAUCCCGAAACCUCAAGUAAUUUCUACAUUUAGAGGCGUUAAGAUAUUCACUUCUGCUAUUGUAAUGAAUAAUGCAAGACCAUAUCGAAAUGUGAUUGGAAUUAGAGUCGAUUAUAUGGAUGAUGAUAAUCCGUAUAUUGUAGUUCACAGAAUUGGUCCGGCGAAAAAUUAUUUUGAGCUCUCAAUUCCUUGGAUGCUAAUUGGCUAUGCAGAGGAUCUACCAAUCGAACCGUUCAAAGAUUAUCCUGUUGAUUAUAUUUGGACUAAAAACUUUCAGUAUGAUACUAAUAAUGCUAACAUUCAAACAUUCGAACAUCCGUAUUUAAAUUUUGAAGAAUAUUGCUGGUUAGGAACUUGCAUUUUAAAGUAUAAUGAUAAUCCCGCAUAUAAUUUUGGGCAUUCUAAUGAUGUUAUUAGUUAUAAUUUCCGUAAUAAUGCAGCAAAUAAUGGUACAAAAAUAUGUUGUUAUCAAUAUGAUCUCCAAAAUAAUCUAAUUAGCAAUACUUUAAAGUUUAAGGCUAAUUGCGCAAUUAUAUCAGACACCCCCGAUUUCGAAGUUGUCAGCCCAGUCAAUCAUGAGUGGGAUUAUAGACCCUGCAUGCUACAAUACCUAUUGAGAAAUAGUCAUACCUUUACUGGAAACAAAUGGCAAUUGCCUACCCUCUCAAAAUGCGUAUUUGCAAGUAUCCAUUAUUCAGAUUUUCGAGGCAAUCCUCUUAUUUUAAACAUUCAUAAGAAAUACCCUAUUGUUAAAUCACUAGAUAAUGUAUCUGAAGAUCUUAAUGCCUUGGUUGGUUAUGUUAAGGUAGUUAGAUAA